AUGGUCGACGAGAUGACGCAAUCGCCCGAAAAUUGCGAAAGUGAAUGUUAUUUCUUUUAAUUCCACUCUGUUUACAAUAAAAACCCGCAAAUUUACAUUUUCUUGUCCUAAAAUUGUGGUUCCCCGCAACCUAGUCAUUAUCACCCAUGUUCAUGCCCAUUUCCCCCCAAUUUUCAAUUUUUCCCAGGCGAAGAGAUCGCGGGGCCGAAUGAGCCGGUCUUCCUCAGCGCCGUCGACGAAUACCGUCACUAUCAGAAGAUUCGCGAGGAGAAUAUUCGAAAAUCGGUGGAAGAGGCGGCCAAUGAUCCGGGCGGCCACGCGAAAAAAAUGAGCGGAGUCGGGGAGCUGCUGGCGAGCCUUCGAAAUCCGCCGAAAAUCGUGCCAAAAGAGCGAAUUGUGCUUGGCGGCGACGGAAAACCGAUUCAGAAGGAACGCGAGUGCCGCGCCACGCUCAACGACAUCGAUCCGAUGACCGAGUUCGAUCAGCUCUAUCUUCCGCAUCGUACGCUCAUUGAAAAAUCUUUGAAAUGUCGAUUUUUGCAGACCAGCAAGAGCCGUUCGCGCCGGACGUGGACCUGGUCCCGGCGGCUCGGCUCGGCGUCGAACAGGUUCGAAACUCGGUGCGCAAAAGCAUGUUCCGAUGCAAAGCGUGCAAAAAUCGGUUCGGCGAGAUGAACAUACUCGAGCGACACCUGCGCGACCACCAUCCGAAGGCCUAUAUUGCCUUUUUAGACGAGCAGAAGCGAAUCACCGACGAGAUGUAGUACGUUCUCCGAAAUUUGCUGCUAAAGUUUAUAAAUCUAUGCAAUUUUAAGUGAACUUGACCGAGAGCGAAACCGAAUGGAGGAGCUGAUGAGCGGCAGCUACAUUCCGCCCGAAUCCGAGUUCGACGAGUACGCGAAGGAAGUGAAAAUCGACGCGAUUCCGUUGCCGGGCGAGAACUCCGAGGGACACAUUCCGCGCCUCAACUCGUUCGGCGGCGUCGUCCAUCCGCAGAAUACGCUCAACAGAAAGUUUGGAUACGUUAAGAAGGUUAUUUGGUAUCUUUUCUCCGAAAAACUGAACACAUUUUAAUUCGAAUGAGUAAAAAAAGGAAACUGUUUCUAUUGUUUUUAUUUUUAAAUAAUUACAAAAAUUAUCUCCAGGUGCCCGCAAAAGCCAGAUUCAAAACAGAAAAAAAUGCAUUUCUCCAGAUUUUCCUCUCCAUUUCCCCACAAAUUCCGCCCAUUUCCAGCGCUCGCCGCAGUGUCCAUUCUGCGACAAACGCUUUCGCAACGACAUCUCGUUCAACAUCCAUCUGAUCAAGAAGCACGAGGAGUGUUCUGAGUUCGUGCAAUGUCUGCAGUGCUUCAAAUGCCUGCCUUCCGCGGCGGACCUACCCGACCACGAGUGCGACCUCACAUACUUGUGUCUCGAGUGCCGGCCCAUCCGCAAUAUGUGCACCGCCCAACGGCUCUUCCGCCACCGCGCCAAAUUCCACCGCGGCGCCAACUCGGGAUUUCGGUGCCCCGACUGCAACCUCAAGUUCCUAACGCCACGCAAACUGCGAAAACACCGCAAAAUGUGCCAUGUGUUCACGAAAACGUACCAAUGUCAUUUCUGCGAGGAACUGUUCAUUUCCGAGGUGGCUGUCACGACGCACGAGCGAAUUCACACCGGAAUUCUGAAGUUCGAGUGCACAGUGUGCGAUUUUAAAGCGAAUCGGUACCUGCAGAUGGAGGACCAUCACAAGGUACGCAUUUGGGCUCGAACUGGGUGGAAAACCAUGCAUUUUGAGGGGGUUUUUGCCAUUUUGAGUAAAUUUUCCGCAAAUUUGCAGGAGCACCACGGCUACCUGUGCUCAGUGUGCCAGGAGAAGUGUUCGAACUGGAACGACAUGAAGGACCACAUGCUGCAGGAGCACUCGGGCUACAUAACCGACGACUGCAACCAGCCGUACAUCGAGUCGCCACGUGUCUGGCUCAUGUACAAGGGAGAAUAAAUGCGAUCUCGUUGUUUUUUUCUGUUUUUCCACAUUUUUUAUUACUGUUACCCGUAUACCCGUAUUUGUUUUGUCAUUUUUUCUGCUUCCCGAUGAUCUCAGAGAUCCCCCAUGAAUUUUGUUAGUUUCGGAAGCAAUUUUUUAGCGACACAUGUCUCGAAAUUUUGAAUUUUUGCGAAAAACAGACGUGCGAACGUUCGUUCGUGUCUCCUGGAUUCGCGUGCUCUCUCGUCGCGCGCGAAAUUAAACUCUUUUUGUGUAAGGCGCCAAUUUUUGCUCACUUUUCUCGAUUUCGGUGGGAAAUCCGAUCACUCCGUUGUUUUUGUGAUCAACAAUUUGUUGUUCUCUGAUUUUCGCUGAUGUUAUUCGUGUUGCCGUGUUCUUAUAAGGAGAAUCCGUGCAAUUCCCCGGCGCGCAGUGCAGAAGUCCAAUUUUCUUCAAAAGUGGCCAAAGCUGCAAGAAACCGCCAGUUAAAAAUUGAAAAUUGCAGCCAUGCUCAUCCGCCACGUGUGCCUGUGCUCCGUGCUCGUCGCUUUCGCCGCUUCGGCGGUCAUCGACUGCGCGGCCGAUGACGAUCUGUGCACGGAGGACACGAAAAACGUGUUCACUUCGGAGGACGGCCGUCUCGUUUCCGACGCCAUCCUCAAGUUGCGCACGAUCAAGAAGAGCGCCGCGGACUCGCAGCUCGAGGAGCUCGCCACCAAACCGAACAUGGUCCGACAAUCCGAAGAGAAGCGCCGUCGGAGCGGAAGGAGAGAGGACGAGGAAGAAGAAGAGGAGGAGGAGGAGGAAGAAAUUCAGCCACGUCGCAACGAUCGGAGAAGCCGUCCUUCUCGCUACGAAGAUGGUGAUGAGUCCGUGGAGGAAGAGGCCCGCCGAUCGGUCAGUUUCGGAAAAUUGCAGGAAAAUUAUAACAUUUUGGGCAUAAUCACACUUUUCGAACACAUUUUUUGAAAAUUUAUUGAUUGCGUUCACAAGAAUUGACGAAAGGUCGAAAUACCCGGCUUUUUCUAAUUUUACCGGUAGAAAAAAGACUGGAAAGACUGAACAAGCCUAUGCCUUUCAGAAUAAGCGGAACAAUCGUCCGUCGCGCCGCCACAACAAUCUUGACGACGAGGAAACGGACGAGAACGAGGAGGAGGAGGAAGAGGAUCACUCUCCGGUCAGCUCAGAAGCUCGAAUCAUGGCUGGAAUUGUCUUUUCCACUAUUCGCUCAUAUCAUUGCAGUCUUUUUCUUGAAAACACGAAUUUUGUGCCAAUUUUGCUUUGUUUUCGAGAAACUCUAUCGAUUUUCAGUGCUUGCGAAUGCUUUACGCUGGAAAAUUGACAAUUUUAGGCCGGCGCUUCAAGUUUUCAAUUUACAAGCACAUAAAAACUCUGUGACAAUUGUCUAUUGCAGAGAAGAAAGCCGAAACGCGGACGAAAUGAGAUUAACGACGAUGACGAGGAGGAGGAGGAGGAAGAUGAGAUGCCACGUGGACGGAGCUACAACAAAAACAGAAGACGGAUGCGUAAGGAAGAGGCCGACGAUGAAGAGGAUGAGGAGGAAGAGGAGAGGAAGCCGAGAAGAAGGAGCAACAGAGGAAGACGGAACGGGGCCGACGAGGACGACGAUUACGAGAAUGAGGACGACGAGUGAGCGCAGAAAUUAGUCUUCUUGGUCUCCUGCGCCCGACCGCUACGCGUUCCACGGCAAAUGUCGCUAUUGCGCGGGAACUGAAAAGUGGGCGUGUGGUCGUACGCAGAAAGCCGAAAGAUUACCUUGAUAGUAUCUAAUUCUGAAUUAUUUUUGCUACUUUUUUGCAGCUCCUACGAUGACGACGAUAGCAAUUUGGAGAACUCGAAGCGAUACGUGGCCAUCAUCCUCACACUGCCGCUUUUCGGCCUCUUCUGA